AUGUUGCUGGGCAGCAGCUCCUUUUUCUUUCUCCACAGGUGCCCCUGGUUGACAAAAGCCAUUUCCCCAGCCAUCCCAGUGUACAAUGGGCUCGUGUUCUUGUUUGUACUGGCAAACUUCAGCAUGGCAACUUUCAUGGACCCUGGAGUUUUCCCACGAGCAGAUGAAGAUGAAGAUAAAGAUGACGACUUCCGAGCUCCACUCUACAAGAAUGUGGAGAUUAAAGGAAUCCAAGUACGGAUGAAAUGGUGUGCCACCUGCCACUUCUACCGUCCUCCACGCUGCUCUCACUGCAGUGUCUGUGACAACUGUGUUGAGGAUUUUGACCAUCACUGCCCAUGGGUCAACAAUUGCAUAGGACGGAGGAACUACCGCUAUUUUUUUCUCUUCUUGCUGUCCUUAAGUACACACAUGGUUGGAGUAUUCACCUUUGGGCUCAUCUUUGUACUAAAUCAUAUGGAAAAGCUGGGAGCAGCUCAUACUACCAUUACAAUGGCUGUCAUGUGUGUGGCUGGAUUAUUCUUUAUUCCAGUCAUUGGUCUCACUGGCUUCCAUAUUGUUCUUGUGGCCCGAGGGCGCACAACGAAUGAACAGGUGACAGGUAAAUUCCGUGGGGGAGUGAAUCCUUUUACCCGAGGAUGCUGCGGAAACGUGGAACAUGUGCUCUGCAGCCCCUUGGCUCCCAGGUACAUAGUUGAGCCCAAGCGAAAGCAAGCUGUGGGUGUGAAGCCUCCUUUCCUCAGACCUGAUUUAUCUGAGCGACAGAUCACAGUGAAGAUCAGUGACAAUGGGAUCCAAGCCAACCUCAACCGGAGCAAGUCUAAAAUUAGCCUGGAAGGUCUGGAGGAUAAAAGUGUGGAUGUGCAACCACCUCUCCCACCCAAAGGAGAUCCAAGCAAGUACUCUGAGCUAAAAGGGCAGCUGGGGACCAGUGAAGAAGGUAGCCUUUCACCCAAACUUAUCAGCCCUCCUACACCUGCCAUGUACAAGUAUCGACCGGCUUUCAGCAACAAUCCCAAAGUCCACUACCAUGCUACGGCUGAGCAG